AUGUGUGAAAAUGAUAAUGAUUUGGAAGCAAAAAUGGAUUCAGUUGGUGAAUUUAAACCAACUGAGAGUGAAGUAGGUAUUGAAAGUAGAAAUGAUUAUGAAGAAGAGGUUCAGAAGAUUGACAAAGGAAAACAAGAUGUUGAACAUAUGAAUUCUAACAAUGAUUGCGGCAGCAGUAGUAGUAGUAACGGUACAAACACAAAUAAAAAACUUCACCAAAGUUGA